AUGUCGGGCUUUUUGCUGAUGCCUACGACGGAACUGGAGAACGGGCACAUUGCCAAUUCGUUGCUCUUUCUGCAGCUGCUUUUGAAGAAGGCCAUAGAGCGUGGACAGGGAAUUGAGGCACGUCUGUCGCGUCUGUCAGAGUUGCUGGCGAAGAGUGUGACUGCAGCACAGCAGGUCCUCCGCGCACAGAAGCCGUCAGAAUUGCUGGUCCUACUGCAGAACUGGACUGCUCUCCUGGAACAACUGGGGCCUCAGGAGCAGCUGUUGGUGCCCGGGGGUUGGCGAGGCAGCAGCACCAAUUGGGUUGUCUUCCUGGUCGAGCGCACCAGCGAGGACUUCUACUCCUUCUCGGUUUGCAAUCGGGGGCCGACAGCGGCCCAGUACCAUCCCAGUAAAUUUCUGGCCGAUGGAGCCUAUGGCCAGAAGCUGAAGAUUUUGGCCACGUUGACCCUCGAAGACGUGCCGAAAACACGUCUCUGCGACCCGGGCUUUUGGGCGCUGGCCUUUGGACAGUGGGUGCCCAAUGCCACCGAGUAUCAUCGAGCUGAGGUUCUCUAUGACGUGCUUCUGCCCUGGCUUGCGGGUGUGAGCACAGGGCGUUUGACCGAAAGGCUGGCGGAGUGUCGCAGUGAUGGUGCUUGGCGAACUCCUUGUCGCUUGGUACGUCUUGGUACCAUUGGGGAUGGUGAUCACCUGGGGAUGGUUUAUGAUGGGGUGAAUCCCACGGCAACCAUUGGAUGGCCAUCCAACUGUUUGGUGAUGAGUGGCUGGUGGACCCGGGACCCUGAUGGCCGUAGCGAAGCCAGCGGCUUCGCCGCCAAGUCUUCCCAAAACCUGAGGUCGAUCGAACACUUCGUGCAUGAAGAACUUGUUGGAGGCUCUGAGCCUCUGAGCUGCCUGAUGAUCAGAUAUAACUCACUUCUCUCAUGGCAACUUCGAAUUUUUGAGACCUUGAUUUAG